UUUAUUAAAAAAAUAAAAGAAUAUUUGUUAAUGAAUUUUUAAAAACAAAUUAUUACUGAUUAAAAAAAAAUUGCCUUAAUAAAAAAAAAUAUUUUUUUGAGUGAUUCUAGUGUCAAGCAAUAUAUCAAACACACACUCCUUGUUUCAUGCUCAUAAAAUUUCUUUAAAAAUAUCUCCUUGAUAUUAUGCACUCAACACUUCAAAGCCUAGUGCAUCAUAUUGUCACGACAUAUCCUCAUGCUUCUCAAUUACUCUCUGGAAGCGUUUCGGGUAGCAUGGCCAAAACAAUCGUGUACCCUCUUGAACGAUUUAAAAUGUUACGACAGGUUCUUUCAUUGUUUUGUGAAAGCUCCCUGCCCUCAUUAUUGUUUCUUUUAUAUUUUUAAGGUGCCUGUCAUUCAAAAUACCCCUUUUAAUUUACCUUUUGGUCUCAAUGAUUUUUAUAAAUUAAUUAAAAAAGAAGGAUACUUCUCUUUAUGGAAAGGGAAUGGAGCUGCACUCUGCAGAACCUUCCCCCAUUCAGGGAUUGUUUUCUUCUGCUUCGAUUUGUACUACGACUUUUUUAGUCCUUUCUUCCCUUCUUCCCUUGUUUUUUUACGCUUUUUUGCAGGGAGCUUAAGCGGAUUGACAUCGACUUUGGUAACAUAUCCUUUAGAUGUUUGGAAUACAAGAAUGGCAGUCUCCAAAGGGUGUUUCCGUUAUUAUCAAGUCGCUUUAUUUUUUUAUGAAGGUCAUAAAUCUUUGACACGUGGUUUACUACCCACUCUUAUAGGAAUGUUACCUUAUGCUGGUGUUUCUUUUACUGUAUUUUCUACGUUAAAAGAAUAUUUUUUAUCAAACAGUUUAAGUAACCCGCAUCAUUUAACAACGUUACAAUCUCUGUUAUGCGGAGGUAUUGCUGGACUCUCUUCUCAAACUGUUGUUUAUCCACUAGAUACAAUUCGCAAAACCAUGCAAGCCAAUACUUUUCUUUCGUAUUAUAAUGUAAAUCCAUUUUUGAAUUCUUCUUUUUUUCAUUCCAUUUUAUUAUUUAUCCAGCAUUCCUCUGUUCCAUUUCCAAAGAACGCUUCCUUUAAAAAUAUUGUCAUGUUUAUUUAUCAAAACAAAGGACUUCAAGGGUUCUAUAAUGGUUUGUUUGUCAAUUGGAUCAAAGGAUUUCUAGCUACUGGUUUAUCUUUUGCGUUUCAUGAAAAAAUUCAACUCACGUUAUCACGCUUACACAUAGAGUAAC